AUGGGUUUUAGAAAGAUGUUCAAGCCCCCAAAGGAGAUGUCCAAGGAGGACGCCAGAGAGUUUCUGCAGGAUGAGGGUAUCCCUGUGAGGGAUAAGGAGAAUCGUCAUCGCAGAAAGUUUAAGUUUGGAGAGUUCUCGAAGUUCGCUCAAAAUGAAACACAGGAGCAACCUAUGCUGAUGCCCCGAAUCCGUCAGGAUCCGGCUUCACAUGGAUCAUCUGCCGGUUCUUCUGACGACCCAUACAAUCCGGCUACGCAAUCGACAGUUUCAAAUGUGACACAAGAGACAACAAAUCAAUAUGAAGGUUUAGGAAGGUACGGUGGCGCUCCUUCCUACCAUACAUUCGAUCCUUAUGAUAACGACGCUUCCGCUUCAGUCAACCAGCAGAAUACGUACCAACCACAGCUGCAGCAAGUGCAGACUACACAGAGACAAGAACCGCCCCAAGACACGUACGACACGCAAACUCAAGAUGACGAUUUUGAUCCUAAUACAUAUCCUCAGGCUGCUGCGGCCACUUAUGAUCCUUAUUUAGACUCUCAACAGCAACAAGUGGAAGAGGAAGUGGACGAGGAAGAGGAAGAAAUUAAUCGCAUCAAGCGACAGACCAAGGAUGUUAGGGAAGCGACUUUAAAAUCCACACACAAUAUAUUGGGCCAUUUAAGGCAGGCAGAUGACACGGCUGUCAAUACCUUGGGAACUAUCGGUGCUCAAAAAGAGAAGAUGUAUGAGAUAGAGAAUUCAUUAAAUGGAAUGGACACGCAUCAACGGUUUAUCGAUGAACAUGUCAAACAGUUAGAGCAUUAUAACAGAGGAUUGUUUCACAUAAAGGCAAGCAACCCAUUCACCAAGAAAUCGAGGAUGAGGGCCGCUGAGCAGCAGUUCCUUGCUCAGAGACAAGCAGAUAGGGAAAGAGACGCGAGCCUCAGUUCCAAUCUGUAUCAUACUCAAAACGAGAUAAUAGACCAACUGCGCGAUGCGAAAGAGCCUGUUGUUAAUUCAGAGCUGAAAGACAAGUACGAAUACGAGAGACGUGUAAAGGAGGCUUCUAGAUUCUUGGGCGAAGAACACGAUGAGGAGGAUGAAAGGAUGGAGGUAGAGUACAGCAAGAAUGUGGAUGAAGCGCAAAAGCUCGCAGCAAAUUUGAGACGCAAAGCCAAUUUGAUUUCGCAAGAAAUUAUGUCACAGAACAAGAACUUGAAAGAUAUCAGCGAGAAGGUUAAUAAGGUGGACGAUAAGCUUGUGCUUACGACUAACAGGAUCCGGGGUAUUUAA